AUGAAAAUCCUAAGUAAAAGUAGCACUAAACAAGAGACAUUCUUAGACAUCAUUCCCGAGGAUAUAGAUGAUAUCUAUGCUCUUUAUCGAGUAUUAGAAAAGAAAGACAGAGUCAAAACAACCACAUCCAGAAGUAUUUCCGCAGAUGAAAAUAAGUCUAAGUCACGAAUCACUCUACUACUAGAGGUAGAAGUCGAUCAUAUUUCAGUUGAUCUAGCCGUCGGCAUACUCUUUAUCAAAGGAAAGAUUCUUAAUGAAACCAAAUACACCAAAGUAGGCACUUUCCACACAUUAGACAUUCCAGUACAUCAACGCUUUUCCAUUGUUAAAGAGAACAUAUCAGCCGGAACACUAACCAUGCUUAAGGACCUUACUAUUGAAAACAAAGCAGAGACUGCCUACCUACUCUGCCGCAAAGACACCUAUGCCCUUAUCUUAUCUUCACAAUACACCACGAAACGAAUCAAAACUUACCCGAAAGAGAAGAACAAAGGAAGCAAAGACAAAACCAUUGCCCAAAUAGUCAAAGAAAUCAAAGAAGGCGUUAAGCUCUUUAUUAUCGUCAGUGAUGACAAAGACGUACCCGAACACUUCAAGAAGAUCCCAGAACUAAAAGGUCGAAUCUUCUUCUGUAAACGACCAGUCGUAACUGAGAAUACGUACAAAGGCGAUUCCGAAGCCAUUAGUGCUUUACUUAAACUCCCAGAUGUCCUCAAGCAAAUAUCCGCCCAAAGAUAUGGCAAAGAAAUCCUAGCCACCACCGAGUUCUUCAACCAAGAAGAGAAAGGCACGAAAGGAACUACUAGUGGCCAAAAAGAAACACUUUGUGCUGCCGAGAACUAUCUUAUCAAAAAACUCAUUAUAGUAGACUCAGUCAUUAAGUCUGAGAAGCCGGAAGAACGAGAGAUAGUUGCACAAAUUAUGGGUCUAGCCAAACAAGCCAAUGCUGAGACCUUCAUUCUUUCCCAGCACACACCCUUAGGCGAAAAAGUCCUAGCUCGUGGCGGAGUUCUUUCUUUACUUUCCCAACCUGUCAAUAUUGCUGAUCUCAUGUGA